AUGGUCCUUACCAGGUCAGUUCAGCCUCGGGCCAGGAGACAAGACAUGUCAGUUGAAAGCUCCCCAAAGAAGAAUUCUGCUGCUAGUGGAAUUAAAGAGCAUCCAGAAAGCACGAUGGGAUCUCAAUUUGGUGACCAAAGCACCACUGAGUCACAUACCACGUGGAAACACAGUCCAGUCCCAAGAACUCCUAAAGCCAGAGGGAGGAAAAGCAGAAAUAAAGGUGCAUUACCCGAGAUGACCGAACCAUCUGCUGAGGGAGAGAUCUCUGAAGCAGAACCCAAUUGUUCUUCUGUGUCUGAGCUCCAAGAUCCCACUGUAAGAGUAACUAGGAGAAGACAGAUCAUUCCACCCACUCCAGUCAGUGCAAGGAAAAAGGUGAAAAUAUCUCCAAUAAACGAAUCUCAUCCUGAAGAAGUCUCUGAAGCCGAAUCUCAUGGUUCAGGCAUUUCUUCUGCAGGUGUGCCUUCCACAGUCAUAAAAACAAGAACCGAAAGAGGGGAUGCUAAAUGCCGCACAGAUCGGAGCCAAGAAUCACGUGCAGAGGACACUUCCGAUGCCGAGUCAUUAUGCUCAGAUAUUUCUUCAUGUUCGGGCGUCGCAAUCAGAAGAACCCCCAGGAGUAUGCACAGAAAAUUACAGGCACGCACUGAAGAGGAAGCUAGUAAGAUUGCACCCGGAAAUGGAACAGAUUGUAAAGGUUUAGAUGAUGAGACCAAAGAAAUAAUAAAUAAGGGAAAAGAAAUGGAUGAUAAAAGUCCCCUUUCCCUGUUGAAGAGUCUUUCUGAGCUUCAGGACGCCGCCGCUAGCCUUCAGCAGUUAGGUUCUCAAAAGCACUCAACUCCACACAAUAAAGCCACGCCAGAACCCUCAAAUUCAAACUUACAAGCGGUCCUGAAAUCCUUAGCUCAGACCUUUGCAGCUGUGGAAGUGGACAGAUGGGAUGAAGCACGAGAGAAACAAGGCACAGAAACCUGUGACUUGAUGCAGCUUGGUGCUGCUGGAGAUACACCGCACAGCCAAGACUGGAACAAAAAGAGCGUCACGUUUGAACAUGAUACCAAACUGUCCGAGUCUGCGAUCAACACAUCUCCGGAUAAAGAUGAUUCUGUGUCAUUACUCCUCAGCAGUGACAAAGGCUGGCAGUCUGGACACGAGGGGAAUGAAGACGCCACCUGUUUGGUUGGGAAGAGCGAUCAAAGGGAGUCAGGGAGGGACGACUUGGGAAAUGUGUCAACGAAAACAGUUUGGUUGGUGAUGGACAGAACUCCUGGAUUGAGUGCUGAAGAAAACUUUUACUUGACAGAGGAAGACAGAGCUGGUGAGGCCGUCACUGCGGAUGGAAAAGAAGAGGGAGAUAAUGAACAAAGUGAAGAGCUGUCAGAUGAUGACGGAAGAGCGGAUAAAGAGGCCAGAGAUGAGGAAGACUUACUAACCAGCACAGAGUCUGAACUUCUGAAGUCAACAAGCAGCAGCAUAGACCCAGGCCUGACUAUGAAGCUGCUUGGUGGUUUAUACAUUAAUUUCAAUGCAGACAAACUACGAUCAAAAAAGAAAACCCUCACACACAUCAAGGAGAAAACAAAAGCUGAGCUUUUACAGAAAAGCAUCAUUGCUCCUGAUUUUGAAAAGAACCACAGUGUCCCACCAUACAGAGAAUCGAAGUUUCAACUUCCAAAAAAAAGACAGGAAGAGCGACAAAAAACAGCCGGCAAUGGUUGGUUUGGGAUGAAAGUCCCAGAAUUGACAGCUGAACUGAAAAAUGAUUUCAAAGUCCUGAAGAUGUGAGCUAGCAUGGACCCUAAACGUUUUUACAAGAAAAAUGAUCGAGACGACUUCCCCAAGUACUUCCAGGUUGGAACCAUUGUUGACAACCCAGCUGACUUCUAUCAUUCACGAAUCCCCAAGAAAGAGAGGAAAAGAACUAUUGUGGAAGAACUGCUGGCUGAUUCUGAGUGCAGAAGAUGUAAUCGAAGGAACUACUCGGAGAUCAUGGCUGAGAGAGCAGCAACUGCUGCAGGAAAGAAGUUUCGAAAGAAGAAGAAAUUUCGCAAUUAAGAUUCAUCAAGCAAACCAA